CCUUUUCCUCCUGUAGCCUGGACACCUGGUGAGCUGUAAGAAUGCCUGUCACAUCCUCUGCCUGACACCUAGACCUAGCAGCUGUCAUGGGCACCCCAGAGAGAGAAUGCUUCGUUGAGACUGUGGUUAACUACCUCCUGGAUUCGAGAAGCCUAGAGGACCUGCAACACCUGCGGACACAAGAGGAAACCUGGAAACAGUUUGUGGCAGGAGUUGAUUUGUCCAGGGAAGAGGAAGCUGCCUUGGGAGAAGCUCUUGCUGGGAUCUUUGCAGAUCCUGAUGGAGAAGAUGAAGACGAGCUCCAAAAUGACCUGCAGGACGAGAACGAGAGGAAAGAGGACAAUGCCUUGAGUGAAGCCCUUGGUGAGACUCUAGCUGAUGCUGAUGCAGAAGAUGAAGAGGAGAUCCAAAAUGUCCUGUGGCACAAGCAAAGGUUCUUGGAUGCUUAUCCUCAGGUGAAACUGGAACUCAAGGAGUGCAUCAGGAAGCUCCAUGCCCUGGCAGACAAGGUUGACAAGGUGCACAGGGACUGCACCAUCUCACAGGUGGUGGCCAGCUCCAGCAGUGCUGUGUCUGGAGUGCUGACAAUCCUUGGUCUGGCUCUGGCGCCUGUGACAGCAGGAGUCAGUCUGGCACUGUCAGCCACUGGCUUGGGGCUGGGGGCAGCCGCAGCUGUGACUAGUGUUUCCACAAGCAUUGUGGAAAAGGUAAGCGUGGUGUCUGCUGAGGCUGAAGCCAGCAAGCUGGUGCCAACCAAGAAAGACACAAUGAAGAACAUGAAAGACAUUUUGCAUCAAAGUAGUUCCAGACUUCUUUCUUUAUCUACAAAUUCCAUCCAGAACGUACAAGGCAUCCAGAAGAGCAUCAGUGCCAUUCGGCUGGCCAAAGCCAACCCUAGCCUAGCAAAUAAUGCCAAGCGUCUCAUGGCCACAGGAAAGACGUCAACCCAAACCACUAAACAGGUGAAGGAAGCCUUUGGAGGUACAGCUCUGGCCAUGACCAAAGGAGCCCGGAUCACGGGUGCAGCCAUCGCAGGUUUCUCCCUCCUACUGGAUGUGGUCAACCUUGUGGAAGACUCGAAGCAUUUGCAUGAGGGUGCGAAGUCAGAGUCUGCUGCAGAGCUGCGGCAGCAAGCUCGGGACCUGGAGCAGAAGUUGCAGGAGCUCAAACAGGUUCAUGACACUCUGAUUCAGUGACCUCUUCCUCUUCAGUGCAGCUCAGAGGACUGGGGAGGGAGUGUGCUGGACAGGGCCAUGAACACAUGGGAGCCCCUGACUGUAUCCCCGUCACAACAGUGCCUGCUAAAGGAAGAAGGCACAUUAAGAGACAGGAAGCCAAAACACAAAUGGGACAGUCUCAUGACCUCUUACCAGACUCCAUCUCUUAGAUCCGUCAACUUCCCAACUAAGAACCAAGCUCCAGAGCUGGGGACUACAUCCAAGUCCUGACUGAGCCACAGCCCGGCUGCUGCUGAGCUAUGUCCACCACACUGCUCCCAGCUGCGGCUUACAUCCUCACCGUCCACUGAGCUGUCAAUCUUCCCAUCGCUUUUUGACUGGUGGCAGGAAGACCUCCUCUUUUCUUCUUCUGCCUAAUUGUGUGUUUUUCCAAAUAUUUCUCAAUCUGACCAUCAGACUCUGGUUGUGAACAUCAUUUCCUGUUCUUGGUUUUGGUCAUGUGGGCACCAUUGGU